AUGGAGGCGUUGCUAGGGAAAACGCUUUUGCACGGGAAGGGAGAGGUUGCGACACCAUCUCUGCAGGGAGGCGUCGUCGCCCUUUAUUUCUCGGCUGGGUGGUGCCCCCCAUGCAAGGGCUUCACCCCCCAGUUCCGCAAAGUCUACGAUCAUGUGAAGUCCAAGAACAGGGCCUUCGACGUCGUCUUUGUUUCCAGUGACCGUGAUGAGAACUCUUUCCGGGAGUACUUCUCCACAAUGCCUUGGCACGCGUUGCCAUUCUCCGACCGGCCACGGCAGCAGCAACUCUCCACAAUGUUUGGCGUCCGCGGCAUUCCAGCGGUUGUGCUACUCGAUGCGUCUGGACGGCUGCUGGACUCCAACGCACGAGGCAAGGUCAUGGAUCCUGGCUUUCCCCUGUCCCUGCCGCGCUGCAUAGACCUGGCGGCUGCUGAGCUGCCAGAGCCCCAAGGCAGCGUGCAGCUGCUGCUGCGGCACCAAGGGGCCGAGUACGACAUCGAAUGCGAGCCCAGUGAAGGCUGGGAGAUGUUGCGCAUGCAGAUUUACUCCAUGAUCGACGUGCCAUCUGAGCAAUUGAAGCUCUUCGGCUUGGGCCUUCCCAAAGGCCAGCUGGACGAGUCCGUUCCGCUUCCCCGGGCGUUGGCGCGGGGUAUUGAGGCCCAGAAGCACUCCGGCCUCCAGCUGGCCAAGGUACCGCUGGAUGCGAGGAGGGCAUCCUCCAGCUGGAACGAUGACAAGCCAGGAGAACGACAUCACACCGGAACCUUGGACUCUGCCAGCGCCUGGUGCGCCAAGAAAGAGGAUUGCAAUCCGUGGUACCAGUUGGACCUGGGGGAGGUCCAAAACGUGGCUGGCGUCAUGCUGGCCGCCCGUUUGGAUGUCGGCCAGUGGGUCACAAGGUUCCGAGUCGAACUGUCCGAUUCCGAGGAUGGGCCUUGGACUCCGGCUGACGACGGCAGGGAGUUUGCCGGGCCCAGCUACGCAAGCCCCGUGCGUGCCGUCUUUGAAAAUGGUUCGCAGCUCGCUCGCUUCGUUCGAGUACUGCCGGUGAGUCACCAGAACCAUUGCUCGCUUCGGGCAGACGUGCUGCUGGCCGCUGGGGACCCGGACAAACCGCCGGUCAUUGUGGCACUGGGAAACUUCAGUGCCGGAGACCCCUUCGAGCCCGCCACGCCGGAGGUCGCGACAGAUGCUAUGAUGGAGGAGCAGCAUCUUGCGAUGUUGCAGGCGAAGCUCAGCUCACUUCCACCCAAGCUGCAGCACCAGGUCGCAUCCCUUGGCACCGUGCAGGGAUAUGAGAAGAAGCAGCUGCAGCGACAGGCUCUUGACGAAGUUCCAGUUGUUGACCUGGACGCUUCUGUGGACCCAAGGGAGAGCUAUGAGAUCGCCUUCCUCAGAAUGCUGGUGCGGUGGUUCAAGCAUGAGUUUUUCAGCUGGACGAACGCGCCCAGGUGCGAGCACUGCGGCUCCACAGAGACAAAAACGGUUGGUCGGGCAGAGCCGACGCCUGAAGAGCAGCACUUCAAGGCCAACACGGUGGAAGUUGCUGCAUGCUCGAAAUGCGGCGGGCAAACUCGGUUUCCACGUUACAACGAUCCUGCCAAGUUGCUUCAGACCCGGACAGGGCGUUGUGGCGAGUGGGCCAAUUGCUUUACGCUGGUGUGCCGCUCGCUAGGCUAUGAGGCUCGGCAUAUCCACGAUUGGACAGACCACGUCUGGACGGAGAUCUUUUCCGAUUCUAGCAAGAGGUGGAUCCACGUCGAUUCUUGCGAGGCCGCUGUCGAUGCUCCCCUGAUGUAUGAGAAGGGCUGGGGAAAGAAGCUCACGUACUGCAUCGGCUUCGCGCGCGAUCACGUGGUGGAUGUGAGCAAGCGAUACACGCAGAACUUCGAGGAGCUGCUCCCUCGGCGGACGCAGUGCUCGGAAGAGGCCGGCACCUGCAUGGCACCUGCAUGGCACCUGCAUGGCACCUGCAUGGGCAUCUACAUGGCAUCGCUGGUGGGCCCUGAACCUUAA